GCUGCUUUUCGUGCCCCCUACGAAAGACGGCCGACAUGCGGUUUCAGCUCAAAGUAAGUGUACUUGCAGCCACCAGAAGGAAACCCAAUCUCCGGGGGGUCUUCCUGUGCGGCUGAUGAGUUUUGUAGUACGUGGUGAUCUUUCGUUCUUCCUUCUUUUCCCAUUGAAUGCUCUCCCCGAUCGACUUGAUGCAGUGACGCACCCGAACACGCGCAAAACUUGAGAACAACCAAAAUGUCGUCAAUGUUAGAAGUUCGCGACCAGCGCCGGUCCAGGUCGAAAUCUCCUGGCGGGCGGGACAGGGACAGGUCAAGAUCUCACUCGCGCGACAACCGCGACCGCGGGACGGGCGAGCGAAGUGAAUACGGCAGACGCUCGAGCAGCAAGUACGAAGUGGAUGAAUCGGACGACGGCGGUAGUCGCAGGUAUACCGAGACAAAAAGGACGUCCAGUAAGAAAUACUACGAAGAAGACGCAUCAGAAGACGACGACCGGCGCAGGCGCACAAGGUCAAAGAAGAAGUACGCCGAUGAUGAUAGCGACGAAGAAAGCAAAUAUCGUUCGUCGAGGUCUACACAAGAGUACCGAAGGCGGGAAAUUUCUGUGUCGGAUGAUGACAGAGGGUACACGAGGCCGAAGAAGAAGUCAGACAGUGACUCGGACAGACGCAGAGAGAGGGACAACAGGAAGAGCAGCAAGAGAUACGAUGAUUCAGAUGGGAGUGAGCAUGACGGUUCCCGGCGAGAGUCCACCAAGCGCAGUUCGCGCGUCGAAUAUGCUGAGGCGAGACCUCGCGAAUCCCGUCACUCGAGCUACAACGGCGCAGAGACACGCUACACGGCCCCGGAGGCACCGCCACCUUCGAAUCAGCGAUAUGCGUCCAACGGCCAACGGUAUGCGGAAGUCGACCAGUACAAAUACGCUCAGCCGAGUGAUUACACCUCGAGAAAACCCGAAUAUGAGCGCUCCCGACUGUCGGACAGCAAACGCGGAGUUGGAGAUGGUUUUGAAAUCGACAAGCAUGACAAGAGAUACCGCGAGGACAGAUACGAAGCUCGAGAAUCCAAGGAAAAGAGAUAUUAUGACGACAGAUAUGAGACUCGUGAGCCGAAAGACAAAAAGUAUCACAAUGACCGUUAUACCGCCUCAUCAGACAACGUGACCAAAAGGAUGUCUUCUUUGGCCGUAGGGGGUGGUGCGGCCACUCUUGGAGUCGCGGGAAUGGCUGCUGCACAUGCUGCUGGUUCCAAACCACCUGCGUCGCCUCUACUAGAAGCGUACAAGGGCACCUAUCAAUCGAUUUCGCCCAUGCCAUCGGCGCUGGUUCUUGCAAACCACAAAGACGAUUCGGAUCUGUCCGACCUCGAUCUGGAUCUGGACGGCGAUUCUGAUGAUGACGACCCCAAUGUUGAUCUGAAACGAAAGAUUCGCAAACUGGAAAGAGAAAAAGAAAAGUACUCUCGAGAGCACAGUAGUAGAAAGAGUGCCACAAGCCUGAGCACCAUGACAGAGAUACGUCCCCGACGGUCGUCCAACCUUGAGUCUCCGCGGGAAAGCACCAUGAUAGAGAUCACUCCUGGCGGCAGGCGAGAACGCUCUAGCUCCAACGUGAGUAUUCUUUCCACAGGCGGCGGCCAUGGGAAGAAGAAAUCGGUCUCGUUUUACGAUCCAGUCGACGACGCCAAACGCAUCGCCGCAGCGUUAGCUGGCACGCGUAGCGCACCCGAUCCCCGACCGCUGGUCCAGAUCCUGCCGUAUUUGUCCACAGACGAUCUCCUGGCUUUGCGCGCCGAGUAUAAAAAACUCGUCAAAGUGAAUGGCCAAGGCAUAAACAUAUGCAAGCACGUCAAGUCGCGAUUACCUGGCAAUCUGGGCAAAGCGUGCUAUGCGACCGCCCUCGGUCGUUGGGAAAGCGAGGCGUACUGGGCGAACUCGUGGUACCAAGGCGGCGCGUCACGGAGGGAGCUCCUGAUUGAAAGUUUGAUGGGCCGAUCCAACAGCGACAUUCGCGAAAUCAAAAACUGUUUCAAGGACAAGAAGUAUUCGAACGACCUCGAGAAAUGUAUCCGGACCGAAUUGAAGGCCGACAAGUUCCGCAUGGCGAUUCUUCUCGCCCUCGAAGAGCGUCGCAUGCCCGAAUCCAGCCCGCUCGACAUAAAACUGAUCCGGAACGAUGUUCAGGCCCUGGCACAUGCGUUGGAUUCCGCGGGUGGUGAGUCGGACCUGAUCCGAAUCAUCGUCGUGCGUAGCGACGCGCACCUUCGCGAAGUUCUUCGCCUGUUCGAACGGACCUACCGCGUCAACUUUGCCCGCGAGAUGAUCACCAAGUCGCGCAACCUGGUGGGAGAGACUUUGGCGCACGUUUUGAACGGCGCCCUGAAUCGACCCAUGCGGGACGCGCUGCUGCUCCACCAGGCCAUCAGCGAGACGGCCCCGGGCAAGGAAAGGACCGAAUUGUUGAUCUCGAGGUUGGUGAGGAUGCACUGGGAACCAAAACACCUCGAAAAGGUCAAGUCGGUGUACCGGGAAAGGUACGGGCACAGCGUCGAGGAAGCCAUCAGGCAUGAAGUGUGGGCUCAGAUGAAGACCCAAGAGGGACGGAUCUGUGCCGAGUUUUGUGGUGCCCUCGUCGAGAGUAGUGCUUUUGAGAGGAGGGGUGUAGGUGAUAUGCCUGUUGAGAUUAUACGAUAGACCAGGACAGUGGGUAGGUCGG